UCCCCCGCGGCGGAGCCCCGCCCCCGGCGGUGCAACCCGGAAGCGGGACUUAAAGGGGCCGCGCCGCGCUGGCUCGGCCCACCUCCAGCAGCGGGGCGAUGGCGAAGCCCGGACACUCCUGGAGCCGCCGCGGGUCCGAAAAGGAGAAAGAAGAGGAGGAGGAGGAGGAAGGCGAGGACCCCGUGGACGCGAUGAUCGCGCGGACGGGCUGCACGGCGCAGCACUGGGCGCUGCAGGAGUGCAUGGCGGAGCAGCGCGACUGGCGGCGCUGCCAGCCCCACGUCCAGGCCUUGAGGCACUGCAUGGCCCGGCGGCAGCGCCCGCGCCCCGAGGAGCCGAACCCCGAGCAGCCCCAACGCUCACCCCCGGGGGACUGAGAGCCCCCCCCAAGGGCUAAAACCCCCCUGGGGAUCCCCCACCGGGCACCGGCACCACCCCCAGGUGGGGCACCCCAAAGACGCAGGCUGUGCUAUUCGACGUUUUUUCUAUUAUUUUUUGUUAAGCGGGUUGCUGUCGUGGUUAAAUCCGCGUUUGAUUUUAGGCCAGGAAAUUAAAUUUUGGUGUCGUUCA